AAGUGACGCGUAGGCUCCCGGCAGACCGUUCGGUGGCGGGAAACCGGGAGCCGCGGUGCCCGGGGGCAGGGCGAAGCGACCAUGCAGGCCUUCCUCAAAGGGCCGGCCUCCAUCAGCACCAAGCCGCCGCCCGCCAAGGAUCGAGGGACCGCGGCCCCCGCCGGCAGCGGCGCCGAGAGCCGGAGGGCCAAGCCCGUUCCGUGGGUGGAGAAAUAUCGUCCCAAAUGUGUGGAUGAAGUUGCUUUUCAGGAAGAAGUAGUUGCAGUGUUGAAAAAAUCCUUAGAAGGAGCUGAUCUCCCCAACCUUUUGUUCUAUGGACCGCCUGGAACCGGAAAAACCUCCACCAUUCUGGCAGCUGCAAGGGAGCUCUACGGACCUGAGCUUUUCCGACAAAGAGUUCUUGAAUUAAAUGCAUCAGAUGAACGUGGCAUACAAGUUAUUCGGGAGAAAGUAAAGACAUUUGCUCAGCUGACUGUGGCAGGAAGUCGUUCAGAUGGGAAGCCAUGUCCUCCUUUUAAGAUUGUAAUUCUGGAUGAAGCUGACUCCAUGACCUCUGCAGCCCAAGCAGCUUUAAGACGCACAAUGGAGAAAGAGUCCAAAACGACUCGAUUCUGUCUCAUCUGCAAUUACGUUAGUCGGAUAAUUGAGCCCUUAACCUCUCGAUGUUCCAAAUUCCGCUUCAAGCCUUUGUCAGAUAAAAUUCAACAUCAGAGAUUAUUAGACAUUUCUGAGAAGGAAAACGUGAAAAUCAGUAAUGAGGGAAUAUCUUACCUUGUGAAAGUGUCAGAAGGAGACUUACGAAAAGCCAUCACAUUUCUUCAAAGUGCCACUCGAUUGACAGGUGGGCAAGACGUGACAGAGAAGGUGAUCACAGAGAUUGCUGGGGUGGUACCUACAGAAACAAUUAAUGGCAUAUUCUCUGCCUGUCAGAGCGGCUCGUUUGAAAAACUGGAAGCUGUUGUUAAGGAUUUAAUUGAUGAAGGGCAUGCAGCAACUCAGCUCAUAAACCAACUCCAUGAUGUGGUAGUGGAAAAAGAUGACUUAAGUGACAAGCAGAAAUCCAUAAUCACAGAAAAACUUGCAGAAGUAGACAAGUGCCUAGCUGAUGGUGCUGAUGAACAUUUACAGUUAAUCAGUCUCUGUGCUACAGUGAUGCAACAGUUUAACUCAUAACAGAGAAUUCAACAUUUUUGUCUAUUUUAAUGGCAAUAAAAGUUUGCACUUACCACCUUCUGGAUUGC